CCUCGAGCCCCCCGAACCGCGAUCGCUGCGGCAGCUCUGCUCCGGAUCGUUCUGCGCGAGCAGCGCCGGGCGCUGGGCGAGAAGCUUCGUGUUCUCCCUCGUUGCAAGCGGGCGGCUGGGAGCCACCGGUCCCGGAGGAAUAUGCGGCGCGCUUGGAUCCUGCUCACCUGGGUCUUGGUGGCCUGCGUGUCCGCCGAGUCGCGGGCAGAGCUGACAUCUGAUAAAGACAUGUACCUUGACAACAGCUCCGUUGAAGAAGCUUCAGGAGUGUAUCCUAUUGACGAUGAUGACUACACGUCUGCAUCAGGCUCAGGAGCUGAUGAGGAUGGAGAGAGUCCAGAGCUGACCACGUCUCGGCCCAUUCCAAAGAUACCGUUCACUAGUACUGCUCCGAGAGUGGAAACCACAACGCUGAGCAAGAUACAGGACAAGAUCCCUGCUCAGACAAAGUCACCUGAAGAAAUUGAUAAGGAAAAAGUUCACCUCCCUGACUCAGAAAGGAAAACAGACCCAGCUGAAGAGGAUACAAACGUAUAUACUGAGAAGCACUCAGACAAUCUGUUUAAACGAACGGAAGUCCUGGCAGCUGUCAUUGCUGGCGGAGUUAUUGGCUUUCUCUUUGCAAUUUUCCUUAUCCUGCUGUUGGUGUAUCGCAUGAGAAAGAAGGAUGAAGGAAGUUAUGACCUUGGAGAACGCAAACCAUCCAGUGCUGCUUAUCAGAAGGCACCUACUAAGGAGUUUUAUGCGUGAAAACUCCCAUUUAGUGUCUCUAUUUAUGAGAUCACUGAACUUUUAAAAAUAAAGCUUUUGCAUAGAAUAAUGAAGAUCUUUGUUUUUUGUUUUUUGUUUUUUUUUUCAUUAAAGAGCCAUUCUGGCACUUUAAUGAUAAAAAUCCCAUUGUAUUUAAAUCUUUUCGUGUAUUUCUUUAGAACAACAUAAAAUUCAAACUUAACAUCUGCAGUGUUCUGUGAAUAGCAGUGGCAAAAUAUUAUGUUAUAAAAACGCUCAAUGUACAUGGAAUCGGUUUAAAUUUCUAUGCGCAAGUAUGAAAAGAGUGUUUUUAUCCGAUGGUUCGAAGAUGAAAGCUAUUUCAUUUGUGUCAGCAUGUCUCAGAGUGACCUUAUCAAGUUGGUCUUACUUUGUUAAUUUAUCUGUUGUUCCCCUCUCCUCUGCUCGCCCUUGAAAACAAAACAAAACUCUAUGCCUUUUGUAGCUGUUACGGUGCAAUUUGUCUUUGGGUAAUUCAGAUAAUGGUAAUUUAGUGUAUAUGUGAUUUUCAAAUAUGUAAACUUUAACCUUCACUUUGUAUAAAUUUUUAAGUGUCAGACUAUCCAUUUUACACUUGCUUUAUUUUUCAUUACCUGUAGCUUCAGGCAGAUUUGCAACAGCAAAUUAAUGUGUAAAAUUGGAUUAUCACCACAAAACUGUUUAGUCAUGUCUAUCCAUUCAGAUCUUCUUUUGAGAGGAUUUGAUGUGAGUUACUGACAAGCCUCAGCAAGCCCAAAGAUGCUAACAGUAUUUUGAGAAGUUGCUGCAGAUUCCUUUGGCCACUGUAUUUGCUAAUUUCUUGCAAUUUGAAGGUACGAGUAGGGACUUAAGAAAAAAUCAGUUUUUGUUCUUACAAAUGCAUUUAAGUUGUAAACGUCUUUUUAAGCCUUUGAAGUGCCUAUGAUUCUAUGUAACUCGUUGCAGACUGGUGUUAAUGAGUAUAUAUAACAGUUAAAAAAAAACUUGGUAUUUUAUAAGCACAGACAAUUCUAAUGGUAACUUUUGUAGUCUUACGAAUAGACGUAAAUUGUAAUUUGGGAAUAUAAAAACUACUGAAUAAAUCAUGUGGCCUAAUAUUGAAAA